CGCCCUGCACAGGUAUCGUCCGCUUGUAAUGUAUAAAUAGUAUGUCUGUAAUACCGCUUCACUUAAUGACAAGCGACGGUUAGCACCUCACGAACAGAAGUCUGCAGUCCAUUCAGAAUGCCUGGAUCACUCCCUGCGAUUUGCGAGUCCAUGUGGCCCAAAGAUGUGGGUAUCAUCGCUAUGGAGGUGUAUGUCCCAUCUCAGUACGUUGACCAAGCAGAGCUGGAGGAGUACGAUGGAGUCGGGGCCGGAAAAUACACUGUUGGUCUGGGACAGGCGCGCAUGGGAUUCUGCUCGGACCGCGAGGACAUCAACUCUCUGUGCCUGACGGUGGUGCAGAGAUUAAUGGAGAGGAAUGGCCUCUCGUACGAGAGUGUGGGCCGGCUGGAGGUGGGCACAGAAACCAUUAUUGACAAGUCCAAAUCCACCAAGACUGUCCUGAUGCAGCUGUUUGAAGAGUCGGGCAACACUGAUGUAGAGGGAGUGGACACCACUAACGCCUGCUAUGGGGGAACUGCUGCACUCUUCAAUGCAGUCAACUGGGUGGAGUCCAGCUCAUGGGACGGUCGUUACGCUCUGGUUGUUGCUGGUGAUAUUGCUGUGUAUGCCACGGGCAGCGCCAGGCCUACGGGGGGAGCCGGAGCUGUGGCCAUGUUGGUUGGACCCAAUGCCCCUCUGGCCUUCGAGAGAGGUCUUCGUGGGACACAUAUGCAACAUGCGUAUGAUUUUUAUAAGCCAGACAUGGUGUCGGAGUAUCCGGUGGUGGACGGCAAGCUUUCCAUCCAGUGUUACCUCAGUGCUUUAGAUCAAUGUUACUCCGUCUACAAGAACAAGAUCCAUGCCCGCUGGCAAAGAGAGGGGACUGAAAGGCGUUGUAGUCUUGAAGACUUCGGCUUCAUGGUGUUCCACUCUCCUUACUGUAAACUGGUCCAGAAGUCUUUGGCUCGUUUAAUGCUCAACGAUUUCCUCUGUCAUCCCAGUCCAAACAUGGAGAGCGGCCCAUUUAGCGGACUGGAAGCUUUCAGAGAUGUGAAGAUUGAGGACACUUAUUUUGACAGAGAUGUGGAGAAGGCCUUCAUGAAAGCCAGUUCUGAACUGUUUGAUGACAAAACAAAGGCAUCUCUCCUUAUAUCAAACCAGAAUGGCAACAUGUACACCCCUUCAGUGUACGGCUGCUUGGCUUCAGUUCUUGCACAGCACACACCACAGCAGUUAGCAGGACAGAGAAUUGGUGUGUUUUCUUAUGGCUCGGGCUUCGCUGCUACACUUUACUCUAUCAAAGUCACUCAAGAUGCUACACCCGGCUCUGCUCUGGAUAAGUUGGUCUCCAGCUUGUGUGACUUGCCGGCCAGACUGGACUCUAGGCAGAAGGUUUCACCGGGUGUUUUUGCUGAGAACAUGAAGCUCAGAGAAGAAACCCACCAUUUAGCAAACUACAUCCCUCAAGGCUCAGUAGAUGAGCUUUACCCGGGAACAUGGUACCUCACCCGUGUGGACGAGAAGCAUCGCAGGCAGUAUGCCAGACGAUCCAUGAAUGAUGACAGACCUCUGGAGGCUGGACUGGUCAGUUCGAGCAUCGCAGCUGAGCAUAUUCCCAGUCCGCUCAAGAAGAUGCCCCGUAUCCCCACUACCCCAGCUGGCCCUGAGGUGGUCGUCAUGAGCAACGGGGAUCAUUAAGUUCACCUCUAUGAGGUGCGCAAUAUGGCAGAUCAGAGAGAGGACACGUGAUCUGUGGAAGAAAAAGGGCCCCAGGACUUCUGCAGCUAUAUCACCGAUCAGCGAGUGAUAGAAAACCUCAAAGCUUUUUAAAUGUUCCAGGACAGAAUUAGUGUGACCGUCACUGUGUUGAAGAUGGCAAAGGUUAGUUUGGAAAUGAAGUGUUAGUACAUGGGAAGAUUUCUCUGUGGUGAACUUCCACAAACUGCUGCUCAGAGUCGUCUAUGCAGAAACCCUCAACCGUUUAAUCCUUUUAAGUUCAAACGACCCCCUGAUGGCAUUUCACAAGCUCCGUGUUUUAGCAUGAAGCUAAUCCUAUUGUUUUAUGAUGCUUGAUGGGCCGGCGCAUCGAACCUCGGAGCAUCCCUUAUUGUUUUUAAUUGAAGUAAAACCUGUUGUCUUCACGCUCAAGUCUGUAUCGUUAGGUCCAUGUCAGAAUUUCUUUUAUAAAACUCUUUCUAGUCAGUUUUAUCGCCAUGGCCAUGUCAGGGAAAUGUGCCUGGAUCACAUAUUUAUGAGCCAUAAAGUUUUAAUUUCAAAGAUUUAUAUAGUGAUAAUUGUUUAGUCGCUGCUAAACUGGCAUCUUUUAGCUUUUAUGUCGUUUGAAACGAGAAUCGUUUUGGAUUUUCUUUCUAGCAAAAGUUGAUGGUGUUCAUGUUCAAGUCACAUUUAUGCAUGAAGACAAGGCCAAAAUCGAUGAAAUUUGUAAUAAUCGGUCACAUCUUUUGAAUCAUCGUAAGGAUUAACUUGAGCACCAUUGUCAUGUCAUCCAUUAACCCAAUUGGCAUCAACCCUAAUUUCACAUUCUUGAUCUGUUGAUAACCUGCAAUGAUUUAAUGAGCUCAAGUGAUCAAAAACGUUUGAUUGUCGAAACCACAGAGCACUUCUCCGUAACCAUUCGAACGUCUUAUUUUGUGGUAGAAGAGAAGCAAUAUUAACAGUAAUAAUAUAAAUCGUAAACGUUAGCACCUUAAGAUCUUGAUGUUAAAUAUAGAUUAUUAUAAGCUAAAAGCAAACGAGAGAUUUUGAGAGAGAUUAUAAAGCUAAUUGCUGAAACACUGACUGCGAGAUGGUAUUUCUUUUCUGAGCAUUCUUCAGUCCGUGGGUCCAUGCUAACAUCUGAAGAAGAAAAAAAAAAAAAAACAGCACUUCUGGUCCAGCUGCAUAUCCAUCAACCUUCAGAAGCCUUAUUUUAACUAUGUACAAAACACACACACACACACAAAGGGUUUAUUUUGGCUAAAUUGUACAGAGAGAUUUUUCUUUUCAUUCUGCUGCCAGGACAUGUUGACUGUAAAGUUAUAACUUGAAACAGCCAAUGUUUACAAGACGUUUCCCAGAGAUCAGUAAUGUACAGGACUAACUUAUAUUUGUGGAUGGACUAAAAAAACAACAAAUUGUGCCCAUCAGGUGGAAUGUGUAGCAAAGCAAGCUGUACAGACAAUGUCAAAACUGUAUGUGGGAAUCUGAUAAUAUAUGAACUGAGGAUUAAAGGUUCAUUUGCUGAA